AUGGCAAUUAGAACCGCCGACGACCCCCCGACCGAUGACACCCCAGUCAUCGGCAUCCGGAUUGUCGCCCAUCAAGUUUCUUCAACCGGUUUCAACCACUGGUCCAUAUACCUACGCACGCCGGACGGUGGCGCUACGCAAAUGAACAUGACAGCCACAGCUAACAACCGCACAGGGAAUCUGGUCUGGUCCAAACACUCUAAAGAUGAGCCGAACUCUAUAGUCUUGGCUUGGGACUGGCCCGUUUCUGCCAAUGCUAAAAUUACAAAUUUCAUGAAUGCCAUCAGCCAGUGCAAGCGUGAGUCGUAUACGUUCCCGGCGAAUAGUGAUGGAUGCCGGCAUUGGAUAGCCACGGUUUUGUCAGAUUUUGUCGACCACAACCUCAUUAAGGACGAGGUUUCUGAGAGAAUGGUUGGAAACAUGUGCUAUCGGUAUUAUUUAGAUGCAUGCCCAACGUGGCUACCUAUCAUUCCAGGCACUUUCGCCAAGGAAAUAAAUACCGAGAAUUCAGUGUUAAAUCGGCUUGUAUAG